CAUAUCCCAUCUGUCACAAAUUCUGUCAUUGGGCAGGACACUAACAUUAUUUGAUGUUAGUAGGAUUAUUCCACAUAAGACAAUUAGCAACGCCGUCACGGAACACCAGAAGGAAUGGGCUCAGGAGAGAGUACGACCAGAAAAGUGUCUUUCGGUGUCGACGACGAGGACAGAGUCAGGAUUCUUCGUGGAGUCAAGCUGUCAGAAGAUGUUCUCCAGAGGAUGAGAGGAGUAGCCAACAUUGCUCCAGAACGCACAUCAUCAUCACCCUCAAGCGCUCAGAAAGACACAGGUGCCUCUCGCAGUCCCAGCCCAAGCUCACGACCCCAGCAGAGCUCACAGAACCGGCCCCAGCCCAGCACCCAGUCCAGCACUAGCAAACCAGACUCCCGCACUAAGGAAGAGCAGAGGAGGUACGAACAAAAGCAGAAGAUUCACAAAGAGGAGUUGGCCAAGGCAGCACAGAGACAGAGGGAGGCAGCUAUGCAGGAGAUGACUAAAGCCAUGAACCGGGAAAGACAACACACUCGCAAGGAAGCUGAGAAGACCAAACAACUGUCGCCAGAUGAGAUGGAGGUGAUGGCUCAGCAGCUACAGAAGAAAGAUUCACAGCUGAAAGCGCUGGAUGCCUUCUACAAGGAGCAGCUGGCACAACUGGAGAAGAGGAAUUUGGAAAGAUACGAACACAGCAAGGAACAGUUCCACCAAGCUGCCUCCAAGACUGAAGCAAACGUGAGUGCUCGUAAUACAGACCCCGUGUGUGCUGGCCUGCAGUCUCAGAUUUUAUCCUGCUACAGGGAGAACGGAGACCAGACCCUCAGGUGUUCAGACCUCGCCAAAGCUUACAUGCAGUGCAUCAAUGCCGCAAAGAAGAACCUGAUGAUCAACCACGGAUGAAGAGUGGGAGGAAAAGGGUAAAACAUUUACUUGAGAAGGCUUUUACUUUGGCACUAAGAGUGGCACUUGUCGCCACUCCCGUUUUGAAUUAUGAGAGAGUUGAUUUGCUGUUAGCAUGCCUUGUUUUUAAAAAUUUCCUAUUACGCUAUUUAUCCGCAGUAUCAUCGGUUAAAGUUGUUGCUGCACUGCACUGCUUCAUUCUACGGGAAAGCUUUUUUUGAAAGAGUGUGUGUGUUAGGUUCAUGGUCUGAGUCAGUACACUUUCAAUUUAGUAAUUUAAAAGAUCAUCAGAAAGUAUUUCUAAGAUUUAAGCUGUAAAGAUGAAGUCAGGGUCACUCCUACCAUCAGCUGAAUGAAAUUCAGUUUACGUCCAAACCUCUGCUGCUUUUGUAUGGAAUGAAAAGGAAGAAAAGCAUUCCAGGUUGGAGCUGAAUCAGGUGCAAAGGGACCGUCCUUGUUUUGAUCUUUAACUGAAAGAGGAUUGUACUGCUUUUAAGUUUUAUGGUUUUGUAUUUUUUUUUAAACAACACAGGAAUAAGCUCAGGUAAUCCUGGCCAUGACUUUUAAAUUCAUUAGACCUGUGAUGUAUCAUAUGAUUUUAUUAAACCAUUCAUAUCGGGUCUCAUCUGUGUCUUUAGUUUCUCUACUCAUCUACUACUCAACUAGUUAAUGCAUUAAUGCCCUGUGUAUUUCAUUUCAGCUAAGUGAUUAAUUGAUUCCUCAGCAGAAGUCAAACCGCCUUUAUGUCCUUUAAGAACACCUUUCAAUGAAAUGAAAGGAACUGGAAUGACAGUGCUUCACAGAGCAACAAUGACAUAAGAAGAAACCUUGGUUUGUUUGGUGGUUAGUUAGAGCCUGACACCAGCCGCACUGCACUGUUUAAAUCUUCGAAUGGUUAUGGCACUGACUGCAAUGUGCCGUUCCCUAAUUAUGGACCUCAGACUCAACAUUUGAAAUCUCAAUUUUACCAUGAAAUAGUGGCAAUGAAAACCACUUUUCAAUAAAUGAACUGUAAGUUUGAGAUGAGUGAGUUUUGGAGCUGUGAGGAAUCUGAAACAGCCUGACAAAGGGGAAGUCGCUGAUGACGGAGACCCCAAAGAAAAAUACAAUGUGGUUUAUUCAGGAUUCUGUUGAACAAAAAAAAAAAGAAAAAUCCAUCAGGAGGACACAAAAAGCAU